UAUCGCAAGCUUAUGCAUGCCGUUAUCGAAUCGUAUAGUUACUUCCAAAUGCGAAUCAGUUUUGAAGCGAAUUUUGUGGAAACUGUGUGUGUGCUUCAUUCCAGCUAAAUAUAAUUAAAUCAAAAUGACCGCUUGGAGAGCUGCCGGAAUUACGUACAUUCAAUAUUCAAACAUAGCAGCCCGUGUGUUGCGAGAGGCAUUACGCACAGAACUCCGUGCAGAUGCUGCCAAAAGAAAUGAAAGUCACGUAAAAUUUACACCGUGGGCAAACGGCAGACCAGCUCAUGAAAAGGCUUAAGAGUGCUAAGUCGUUAUAGAUUCUUGAAAAGGGUCUCGCCAAACCUCGUUGGAAUCUUAAAUGCAUUGUACAGCUUUAUACAAAUAUCGGUUCAGCUAUUACACUAUGUAUUGGCAUAAGAUAGAUGUAAACGAAUUCAAAUAAAGCAGAAGGAACUAAAACUGUA